UACAACGCCUGCGAUUCCAUACACGCCAAGAAUCCACCGACUCUACAGCACUCUCAAAUCUUUUGCCUUUCAAAUCCAGACAAUCAUUUUGCUUACAGAUUUUGUUCUUUAAAUCUUGCUGCACCCAGUUUACCCUUUUGACAUAGAUAAAAUGGAAGUUUCUGGUGUUGCUCCUUCAAGGAGGAGCUUGAGCUUGGAUCAGUUCCAAAAGGAAGGAUCUUCGGAUGCCCAGGUACAGAGUUUUGAGCUAGGAUUGUACGAUGAUAAUGAUGGGCAUAAUAAUCAUCAAUUUCAUUCAAUGAAUGCAUUGGAGAUCUUGAGAGAAACUGUGAGGAUUCUUCGGUGCAAUUCCUCAUCGUUUAUGAUAAUUGCUGCAUUGCUUAUUUGUCCAGUAUCUGCCAUUGUUUUGUCAAAUGUGUUUGUUGAUCAGUCUAUUGUGAAAAGACUUACCAUUAGGCUUUUGUUGGUUGCAAAGUCUAGUGGACUCCCAUUGAGGCCUUUUGUCAAACAGUCUUGUCACCAUUUGUCCGAGAUGGCUAUUGCUUCAGCAAUGUACUUCCCUUUGUUUAUCACAUUGUCUUUGUUGUCGAAAGCUGCUGUAGUUUACUCUGUAGAUUGCACUUAUUCUAGGCAGAAUAUAGAUGUUUCGAAGUUUAUAGGGAUUAUGAGUAAAAUCUGGAGAAGGGUUGUCUCAACAUACUGGUGGGCAUGUAUGAUGAUUGUUGGCUGCAUUACUCUUUUCUGUGUUCUUCUCUUGGCUAUUUGUAGUUUGCUUUCCGUAAUCGGGUUUCCACCUGCGUUAAAUUUGUAUGCUGGAAUAUUGGUGGGUUUAGUAUUCUCAGUUGUUUUCGCCAAUGCAAUUGUUAUUUGCAACAUUGCUAUAGUGAUCUCUGUAUUGGAGGAUGUUUCAGGGCCACAGGCUUUGCUUCGAUCCAGUAUUUUGAUUAGGGGACAGACGCAGGUCGGUCUUCUCAUAUAUCUUGGAUCAACAAUUGGGUUGGCUUUUGUGGAAGGGUUGUUUGAGCAUAGGGUGAAAACAUUGAGUUAUGGAGAUGGAUCUUCGAGGAUUUGGGAAGGUCCACUUUUGGUGAUUAUGUAUUCCUUUGUAGUGCUUAUUGAUCUGAUGAUGAGUGCAAUAUUCUACUUCAGUUGUAGAUCUUAUAGGACAGAAGCCUCUGAUGCUGAAUCACAAUCAAUUUUAGAAACAAUCAGUAUUUCUGAUGAAUCAGUGGGUGUUCAAUAACAUAUUCUGUAAAUUGAUUACCAUUCUGAAAAUUUUCUUCGGUGACGAAGGUGGCAGCAGCUAUGAGAAAAUUUGCAUUGCUAGCUGCAUUUUCUCACCACUAACGAGCAACAAAGAUGGAAACUCCGGAACCAUUUGCAUUGAAAGGCUCGUGAUUAUUGAAAACAUCAGGUUACUGUCUGAUCUUCAAUAGAAAAUGUCACUCAAAUGCAAAGGUUGCAUUUCGCGUCUCUAGUUUCCUACAGGAAGAGAAAUAAAAACAAAAAGGUAUAUGAACUAUGAAGUAUAGUAAAAAUUGAUGUAGAAAAUGGUAAUCCUUGAAGGUAAAAUUUUGAAACUUAAAUUAACUGUUAUUUAUUUAUUUAUUUAUUUAUUCAUAUUGGAUGGAUUUUUUCUGUGUUUUUCAGAUAAUUAUUCCUCUUUCUUCUGCAUAGUGUCCAAAUGUUGGACUUUAUCCUGAAUGUUUAAUGACUGCUUAAUAAUGUCAUCAACAGGUUGAUAUUGGAUUGUAAUUAGAGCUAGGUGUGAUUAAUUGAAUUGAUGAGAUCUUUUUCCCCAAGGAUUAGGAUUCAGGGGCAUUGUAUUGUAACUAAGAAAUUGUUGGAAAUGCCAGUUGAUCAACUAUUUACCAUCUGUUUAGAUUGGAAUUUUAUUGUCAUGCAAUCUUCAGGAUUUUUCUU